GUUCUUGACAACGCCUUAGUACUGCUGACGGCUGAGUUCAUCUGAAAAUCCAAUUGGAUGUGAAUCAGUUUUCGCUCUGCAUUGUUUUUCAUGUUUGUACAAGUAAUUGGCACUUCUUUGUCGUUGCUUUAAGACGUUUUAACGUGUUGUGAUGGGAGACUCCUUAGAGCCUAGCGAUGGCUCCUCGGAGGCCCAUAAUGUGUCCGUGGUUGAAGUGAAAGAUUUCGCAAAUUACAUCCGCCAUGCAACCCAGGUGUUGCUACCUGAAGAUGAAGGUCACAGCGAUUCGUCGCCGGCCCUGACCUCGGCUCUUGAUGAUAAAACAAACCAAGAAUGCAUCCGGAAAUUUAUUUCCGAAUCGCAGGUUUGCACUUUGUACAUCCAGAGGAGCUGCUCUAAAGAUGAAGAUGAUCAGCCAACAGAAGGCGAAGAGGAGAAAGAGCCUGUCACCUAUUACAUAAGUAAUGAAGUGCAUUACACCAAUUCGAAAAUGUCAAGUUUGGUAAUAAUAAAAAGGGCAGCGGUUAUCGAGCAGGAUAAAUCGAUCCGCUCGCAAGUUAGGAUUAUGAAUUUCAGCGAAGGUUCUCCGUACGAAACACUUCAUUCGUAUGUUAGCAAAACUGUCGCUCCAUUCUUUAAAUCAUAUGUGAAAGAGUCCGGUCGUGCUGACCGAGAUGGCGAUAAGAUGGCCCCGUCCGUUGAGAAAACGAUCGCUGAUCUUGAGAUGGGUCUACUUCAUUUGCAACAGAAUAUCGAUAUACCAGAAAUUACUUUAACUAUUCAUCCGAACGUGGCGAACAUCGUCAAACAUUGCGCCGACGAGGGACGCAAAGCGAAGAUUACCGAUUUUGGUGAAAAGUUAGAAGAUUCGUCAUUUCUAAAUGCUCUCCAACAUGGAGUCAAUAGAUGGACUAAGGAAAUUCAGAAGGUUACCAAACUGGAUCGUGAUCCGUCUUCGGGCACAGCGCUGCAGGAAAUCAGUUUCUGGUUAAAUCUUGAACGAGCUCUUCACAGGAUUCAAGAGAAACGUGAGAGCAUGGAAGUUACUCUAACUCUCGAUGUGCUGAAACACGGGAAAAGGUUUCACGCAACCGUUUCUUUUGAUUCUGAUACCGGUUUGAAACAAGCGUUGGCCACAGUUAACGAUUAUAAUCCGCUAAUGAAAGAUUUUCCAAUCAAUGAUUUGUUAGCGGCAACCGAAUUGGAGAGGAUCCGAGCCGCAAUUCAGCUCAUAUUCUUACACUUGAGAAAAAUUAAAACCACCAAAUAUCCAAUUCAAAGAUGCUUGAGACUAGUUGAAUCUGUAUCAAGAGAUUUGGGAGCGCAACUUUUGAAAGUUUUGGGCACACGCAGAUUGGUCCAUAUCCCAUUUGAUGAGUUUGAGAAAGUAAUGAUCCAAUGUUUCGAGGUUUUCACGUGCUGGGAAGAUGAGUACGAAAAAUUGCAAGGGUUACUGAGAGACAUUGUGAAGAAGAAGAGAGAUGAGCAUAUCAAAUGCGUUUGGAGAAUUUAUGUUCAACACAAAAAAUUACAGUCUAGAAUGGAACAAAUUAGGAAGUUUAGACGGCAACACGAGCAAUUACGCACCGUUAUUGUUCGUGUUCUAAGACCAUCUGUCCGUGAAAUUAAUCUUAGUGGAGUGGAAGCAGAUACUACUGAUUUGGAAGCACCUAAGCAGGAUACAUUUACCAUUGAUGCAGCAGAUGCAAAUGCCAUUGAAGAAGUUAAUUUGGCCUAUGAAAAUGUCAAAGAAGUGGAUUGUCUUGAUAUCUCUAAAGAUGGUCAAGACGCAUGGGAUGCUGCUGUUCAAAGAUACGAAGAACGUAUUGAUAGGGUGGAGACCAGAAUCACAGCGCAUUUGAGAGAUCAAUUAGGAACGGCUAAAAAUGCCAACGAGAUGUUUCGUAUUUUCUCACGUUUUAAUGCUUUAUUUGUCAGACCACAUAUUCGUGGGGCAAUUCGUGAAUAUCAAACGCACUUGAUUCAAAGAGUAAAAGAUGAUAUUGAAACAUUACAUGAAAAAUUCAAAGUGCAAUAUCCUCAAAGUAACAGUGCUAGGAUUAGCAAGGUCAGAGAUUUACCGCCUGUAGCGGGAUCAAUUAUUUGGGCUCGCCAAAUUGACCAUCAACUUACUACCUACUUGAGACGUGUCGAAGACGUUUUGGGCAAAGGCUGGGAAAACCAUAUUGAAGGACAGAAGUUAAAAGCUGAUGGCGAUAGCUUUAGAUUAAAGUUAAAUACUCAGGAAAUAUUCGACGACUGGGCCCGGAAUGUUCAACAAAGAAACUUAGGAGUGUCCGGACGUAUUUUUACCAUCGAAGCUGUGAGAUCGCGAAGUGGACGUGGAAAUGUACUUAAGCUAAGAGUUAAUUUUCUACCAGAAAUUAUAACUUUGGCUAAAGAAGUUAGAAAUUUAAAGUGCUUAGGUUUUCGUGUACCAUUGGCUAUCGUCAACAAGGCACAUUUAGCGAACCAACUUUAUCCAUACGCCAUUUCACUCAUUGAAAGCAUAAGAACAUAUGAGAUGACAUUGGAAAAGCUGACACACAGGAAUAAUCCCUCUGGGGGUGUUAAGAUCGAGGAUAAAGCUAGUAUCAUCCCAUUAGUAGCGGGAAUGAGAAAGGAAGUCCAGCAAUUGAUCGCUGAAGGUGUACAGCUAGUUUGGGAGAGUUACAAACUUGAUCCAUAUUCGCAACGUCUAUCAGAUACAAUUGUAAGUUUCCAAGAACGAGUAGAAGAAUUGGCUAUUGUCGGAGAACAAUUGGAAGUUGAUGUACGCUCCUUGGAAACGUGUCCCUAUUCGGCUAAUACUUUCGCAGAUAUUUUGGCUAAAAUUCAGCAUGCCGUAGAUGAUUUAUCUCUAAAGCAAUAUUCCAAUUUGCACAUUUGGGUUAGUCGAUUAGAUGAAGAAGUAGAGAAAAAUUUGGCUGCUCGCUUACAAGCUGGAGUGCAAGCAUGGACCGAUUCAUUAAACGGUUUAAAGAAAGAAGUUGAUCAUACCAUGGAUACCGAUGCACCUGUUCAGCCGACCCAUAAACCAGGUGGUGAUCCUCACAUCCAGACUGCUAUCCAUGAAGUCAGAAUUACCAAUCAGACUAUGUACUUGUAUCCUAGCAUUGAGGAAGCUAGAUUCCAAAUUAUGCAGCAGAUGUUUGCUUGGCAAGCUAUCGUCACAUCGCAACAAAGGUUGCAGAGUACCAGAUAUCAAGUGGGCGUCGACAAACCGGUCACUGAAACCUACAGAAAUAUAUUGACGAAAUUACCCGAAGGAUCAUCGCCGUUGGAAAAUGCAUAUAGCGCUAUCUCAAAUAAGAUCAAAGAGAUUCAGAGCUACGUUAACGAGUGGCUUAAUUACCAGUCCCUUUGGGACUUGCAAGCUGAUAAUUUGUACGGUAAAUUGGGAGAUGAUGUUAAUAAGUGGAUGACUAUCUUGAAUGAUAUUAAGAAGGCAAGAACUACAUUCGAUACAUCUGACACCCGUCGCGAAUUUGGACCAGUUGUUAUCGAUUUUGCUAAAGUUCAGAGUAAGGUUUCCUUAAAAUACGAUUCGUGGCACAAAGAAACUUUGGGUAAAUUUGGAACGUUGCUUAGUAAUGAUAUGACGACUUUCCAUAGUCAAGUUUCCAAGUCUCGUUCAGAUCUAGAAUUACAGAGUAUCGAAGCAGCAAGUACUUCAGAUGCUGUCGGUUUCAUUACCUAUGUGCAAAGUUUAAAGAGAAAUAUGAAGGCUUGGGAGAAACAAGUUGAGAUUUACAGAGAGGGACAAAGAAUUCUGGAACGUCAACGAUUCCAGUUCCCAAGUAACUGGUUGCAUGUUGAAAAUUUAGAAGGAGAAUGGGGUGCGUUUAAUGAAAUUAUCAAGAGGAAGGAUUCCUCAAUUCAAACACAGGUUGCUAGUUUGCAACAGAAGAUCCUUACUGAAGAUAAGGCAGUUGAAAGUAGAACCACUGAUUUCUUGGGUGACUGGGAACGAAGUAAACCUGUCGAAGGUCACUUAAGACCUGAUGAGGCGCUGUCUCAAUUGCAACUGUUCGAAAGCAAGUUUGCAAGAUUGAAGGAAGAACGAGACAAUGUAGCUAAAGCUAAAGAAGCUUUAGAAUUGCAGGAAACUGGUGGAACUAGUACCAGCGAAGAUAAAAUGCAAGUCGUUUAUGAAGAACUUCAAGAUUUACGCGGUGUAUGGUCAGAGUUGUCUAGAAUUUGGUCUCAAAUUGAUGAAACCAGAGAAAAACCGUGGCUCUCUGUUCAACCUAGGAAGUUACGUCAACAAUUGGAUGCCAUGUCCGCUCAACUGAAGGAAUUGCCAGCACGUCUACGUCAAUAUGCUUCAUAUGAGUACGUAAAGAAAAUGCUCCAAACAUACACGAAAGUGAACAUGAUGAUAAUAGAGUUGAAAUCUGACGCACUUAAGGAACGUCACUGGAAACAGCUUAUGCGUCAGUUGAGGGUCAACUGGGUCCUUAGCGAUUUGACUUUGGGUCAAGUUUGGGAUGUAAAUCUCCAAAAGAAUGAAGCUGUUGUGAAAGAAGUAAUUCAAGUAGCUCAAGGUGAAAUGGCCUUGGAGGAAUUCUUGAAGCAAGUACGCGAAUCCUGGCAAACAUAUGAAUUGGAUUUGAUCAACUAUCAAAAUAAAUGCCGCUUGAUUAGAGGUUGGGAUGACUUGUUUAAUAAAGUUAAAGAACAUAUUAAUUCCGUUGCUGCUAUGAAACUCUCGCCAUACUACAAAGUCUUUGAAGAAGAAGCAUUAACCUGGGAAGAGAAAUUGAACCGUAUUAAUGCUUUAUUCGAUGUUUGGAUCGAUGUACAACGACGUUGGGUUUACCUGGAAGGUAUCUUUUCUGGUAGUGCUGACAUUAAAACACUUUUGCCAGUAGAAACAUCGCGUUUCCAUAGCAUCAGUUCUGAGUUCCUUGGACUUAUGAAGAAAGUUGGAAAAUCUUCGAUGGUUAUGGAUGUUCUGAAUAUUCAAGGUGUACAAAGGGCUUUGGAACGUUUAGCAGAUUUGCUUGGAAAAAUUCAGAAAGCUCUUGGAGAGUAUCUGGAGCGUGAGCGAACAUCAUUUCCUCGAUUCUAUUUUGUAGGCGAUGAAGAUUUGCUUGAAAUCAUAGGUAAUAGCAAGAACAUUGCAAGGUUGCAAAAACAUUUCAAGAAAAUGUUUGCUGGCGUAGCAUCGAUUUUAUUGAAUGAAGAUAAUACUGUCAUUAAAGGUAUAGCUUCACGAGAAGGUGAGGAAGUCUUGUUUGGUACAGCUGUUUCAACAAUUGAUCAUCCAAAAAUAAACGAAUGGCUAACUUUAGUGGAGAAGGAAAUGCGUGUUACAUUGGCUUCAAGUUUGGCACAAGCAGUGCAAGAUAUUAAGCAAUUUAAAGAUAAUAUUGAUGCUCAAUUAUUUAUGGAAUGGGUGGAUAAAUAUCAAGCGCAAAUCGUUGUACUCGCAGCUCAAAUUCUCUGGAGUGAGGACGUUGAAACAGCUCUGGCUAAGAUGAAUAGCGAACCGCAAGCUGGUGUUUUGGAUAAUGUUCUUCAACAUGUUGAAAAUACAUUGAAUGUAUUAGCUGAUUCUGUUCUACAAGAACAACCUCAAUUGAGGAGAAAGAAGCUGGAACAUUUGAUUAACGAAUUUGUACACAAACGUACAGUCACUAGAAGAUUGAUUUCUAACAAAGUAUGCAGUAACAAAGCAUUUGAAUGGUUGUGCGAGAUGAGAUUCUAUUUUGAUCCAAGACAAACGGAAGUUUUGAAACAGCUGACAAUACAUAUGGCCAACGCCAGAUUCUACUAUGGAUUUGAAUAUCUUGGAGUCCAAGAUCGUUUGGUUCAAACACCGUUGACAGAUCGUUGUUAUCUUACAAUGACACAAGCACUGGAGGCUCGUCUCGGUGGUUCACCAUUUGGACCCGCUGGUACUGGUAAAACAGAAUCCGUGAAAGCUCUAGGUAACCAAUUGGGUCGAUUUGUACUAGUCUUCAAUUGCGAUGAAACAUUCGAUUUCCAAGCUAUGGGACGUAUUUUUGUUGGUUUAUGUCAAGUUGGAGCUUGGGGCUGUUUCGAUGAAUUUAAUCGUUUGGAAGAGAGAAUGUUAUCUGCUGUUUCACAACAAGUGCAAACUAUCCAAGAAGCUCUUAAGUCUCAAAGGGAAGCUGGACAAGAAGCUGCAAGUGGAAGUAUUACUGUAGAAUUGGUGGGCAAACAAGUGAAGGUAUCACGUGACAUGGCUAUAUUUAUCACAAUGAAUCCUGGAUAUGCUGGACGUUCCAAUUUGCCUGAUAAUCUGAAGAAAUUAUUCAGAUCUCUAGCUAUGACUACUCCGGAUAGGCAACUGAUUGCGGAAGUAAUGCUCUUCUCUCAAGGAUUCAGAACAGCUGAAAAAUUAGCUUGCAAGAUAGUGCCUUUCUUCAAACUGUGCGACGAACAAUUAUCCAACCAAUCUCACUAUGACUUUGGACUUAGGGCAUUAAAAUCUGUCUUGGUUAGUGCGGGUAACGUAAAAAGAGACCGCAUUAUGAAAAUAAAAGAGAACAUGAAACAACGGGGAGAAACAAACAUUGAUGAAGCGAGUAUAGCCGAAAAUCUGCCAGAACAAGAAAUAUUGAUACAAUCUGUUUGUGAAACGAUGGUCCCCAAAUUGGUAGCUGAAGAUAUUCCACUGCUUUUCAGACUUUUGACUGAUGUGUUCCCUAAUGUAAAAUACACAAGGGCCGAGAUGAAGGGAUUGAAGGAUGAGAUUCGUAAAGUAUGCCAAGAGGAGUACUUAGUGUGCGGCGUGGGUGAAGAACAAGGUGGUUCCUGGAUGGAAAAGAAAAAUAUGAUUGGAGAUACUUGGAUUGAGAAGGUCUUGCAAUUAUAUCAAAUUUCCAAUUUAAAUCACGGUUUAAUGAUGGUAGGCCCGAGCGGUUCUGGCAAAAGUACAGCUUGGAGAGUGCUUUUGAAAGCUCUCGAAAGAUUUGAAGGUACUGAAGGAGUGGCCCAUGUUAUUGAUCCUAAGGCUAUCAGCAAGGAGGCACUUUACGGAGUUUUGGAUCCAAACACUCGCGAAUGGACCGAUGGUCUGUUUACACACGUAUUACGUAAAAUUAUCGAUAAUGUACGCGGUGAAAUUAAUAAGAGACAAUGGAUCAUUUUCGACGGAGACGUGGAUCCGGAAUGGGUUGAAAAUUUGAAUUCAGUACUCGAUGACAACAAACUGUUGACCUUGCCUAAUGGUGAACGUCUAUCGUUGCCACCCAACGUGAGAAUAAUGUUCGAAGUACAAGACUUAAAGUAUGCAACAUUGGCCACUGUAUCUCGUUGCGGUAUGGUUUGGUUCUCUGAAGAUGUCCUUUCCACCGAGAUGAUAUUCGAGAAUUACAUUAUGCGAUUGAAAAAUAUUCCCCUGGAGGAGGCCGACGAUGAUACGUUCGGUAAAAAGAACCUUGAGAAUAAGGACGAUUUGGUAUCACCUACUUUGCAAAUUCAAAUUGACGUUGCUAAUAUACUUCAGCCAUAUUUGUCUCCAAGUGGUUUCAUUAUUAAAUGUUUGGAAUUUGCUAUGGAACAAGAACAUAUUAUGGACUUUACAAGAUUAAGAGCUUUAAGUUCACUGUUUUCAAUGUUGAAUCAAUGCGUGCGCAACGUUCUGCAAUAUAAUCAUUCGCACUCCGAUUUUCCAUUGCCUCCUGAGCAGUUAGAACUGUACAUUCCAAAAUGCUUAGUUUAUGCUGUGCUCUGGAGUUUCUCCGGUGAUGCAAAACUUAAAGUACGUUCCGAUUUGGGCGAUUUUGUUAGAGGUGCAACUACAGUACCUCUUCCACCGCACUCAAAUAUUCCAAUUGUUGAUUACGAAGUAAACAUUAACGGAGAAUGGUCACCAUGGUCUAAUAAGGUGCCACAGAUAGAAGUUGAAACACACAAAGUUGCUUCUCCUGAUAUAGUAGUCCCUACAUUGGAUACAGUAAGACAUGAAUCGUUGUUAUACACCUGGUUGGCUGAACACAAACCACUGGUUCUUUGUGGACCUCCCGGAUCUGGUAAAACUAUGACAUUAUUCUCCGCUUUGAGAGCGUUACCCGACAUGGAAGUUGUUGGCUUGAAUUUCUCCUCCGCUACUACACCGGAACUACUUUUGAAAACAUUUGACCACUACUGCGAAUAUAGGAAAACACCAAACGGCGUUAUUUUAGCACCUGUUCAGCUUGGCAAAUGGUUGGUUUUAUUCUGUGAUGAAAUCAAUUUACCUGAUAUGGAUAAUUACGGCACGCAAAGAGUUAUUAUGUUCUUACGUCAAUUGGUUGAACAAAAAGGAUUCUACAGGGCGUCUGACCAAACAUGGGUAUCUCUGGAGCGCAUCCAAUUCGUGGGUGCUUGUAAUCCACCUACAGAUCCUGGUCGUAAACCACUUUCGCAUAGGUUUUUGCGCCACGUUCCAGUUAUUUACGUCGAUUAUCCUGGAGAAACUUCCCUGAAACAAAUCUAUGGCACUUUUACCAGGGCUAUGUUGAGAUUAACGCCUAGUUUGAAGGGUUUCGCAGAGCCGUUGACGAAUGCUAUGGUCGAAUUUUAUUUGGCGUCUCAAGAUAGAUUUACGCAAGACAUGCAACCGCACUACGUAUAUUCUCCUCGAGAAAUGACAAGAUGGGUGAGAGGAAUUUGUGAGGCUAUAAGACCUUUGGAUAAUUUGGCCGUUGAAGGCUUGGUUAGAUUGUGGGCGCACGAAGCACUUCGUUUAUUCCAAGAUCGUUUAGUCGAAGAUGCAGAGCGAGCCUGGACAAACGAGAAUAUCGACGCCGUCGCCCAAAAACAUUUCCCUUCUGCAAACUGCGACAACGCUUUAGCAAGACCAAUUCUAUACAGCAAUUGGUUAUCUAAGGAUUAUGUUCCUGUAGAACGUGAAGAUUUGAGAGAUUAUGUCAAGGCUAGGUUGAAGGUCUUCUACGAAGAAGAACUGGAUGUGCCUUUGGUUCUAUUCGACGAAGUCCUGGACCAUGUUUUGAGAAUCGAUAGGAUAUUCAGACAACCACAAGGUCAUUUGUUGUUGAUUGGUGUUUCGGGAGCUGGCAAAACAACGCUAUCGCGCUUCGUUGCUUGGAUGAACGGAUUAUCCAUAUUCCAAAUUAAAGUGCACAACAAAUAUACUGGUGAAGACUUUGAUGAGGACUUACGUCAAGUCUUGAGGCGCAGCGGUUGCAAAGACGAGAAGAUCGCGUUCAUUUUAGAUGAAUCGAAUAUGUUGGACUCCAGUUUCCUUGAAAGAAUGAACACAUUAUUAGCUAAUGGUGAAGUGCCUGGCUUGUUCGAAGGGGACGAAUACACCACGCUGAUGACCCAAUGCAAAGAAGGUGCACAGAGGGAAGGUCUUAUGUUGGAUUCCAACGAUGAACUAUAUAAGUGGUUUACUGGCCAGGUUAUGCGUAACCUGCAUGUGGUAUUUACCAUGAAUCCAUCAACUGACGGUCUUAAGGAUCGUGCAGCAACAUCUCCGGCUUUGUUCAAUCGUUGCGUGUUGAAUUGGUUUGGCGAUUGGUCGGAUGGAGCGUUAUUCCAGGUCGGCAAAGAAUUUACCAACCGUGUAGAUUUAGAUAAACCAACUUGGAAGAUGCCCGACUUUUUCCCAGCCGCCUGCAACAGAAUCUCAGCUACACCAUCGCAUCGUGAAGCAGUUAUCAAUGCUUGCGUUUACGUUCAUCAAACUUUGCAUAAAGCCAACGCGAGAUUAGCUAAACGUGGUGGCCGAACGAUGGCCAUAACUCCACGACAUUAUUUGGAUUUCAUCCAUCACUUUGUUAAACUUCAUAACGAAAAGAGAUCAGACUUAGAGGAGCAACAGUUGCAUCUUAAUGUCGGUCUAAGUAAGAUUGCCGAAACUGUAGAGCAAGUUGAAGAAAUGCAGAAGAGUUUGGCUGUAAAAUCAAAAGAAUUGCAAGCUAAAAAUGAUGCAGCGAAUGCCAAACUUAAGCAGAUGGUGAAGGAUCAACAAGAGGCGGAGAAGAAAAAAGUUCAAAGUCAGGAAAUCCAACAACAGAUUGCGGAACAAACUAUUCACAUCAAUCAUAAGCGUAAAGAGGUAAUGGCGGAUUUGGCCCAAGUUGAACCUGCUGUAAUAGACGCUCAAACUGCGGUUAAGUCGAUCAAAAAACAACAACUCGUGGAGAUCCGUACAAUGGCGAAUCCACCGGCGCUCGUCAAGCUAGCCUUAGAGUCCAUUUGCUUGCUUCUUGGAGAAAACGCAAGCGACUGGAAAUCUAUCAGGGCGGUUAUCAUGCGCGAUAACUUCAUCAAUACUGUAGUCUCCAAUUUCAACACUGAAGACAUUAGUGAUGAUGUUCGGGAUAAGAUGAAGAUUCGUUACCUGAGCAACCCUGACUACAAUUUCGAAAAAGUUAAUCACGCCAGUAACGCUUGCGGUCCAUUGGUUAAAUGGGCUUUAGCUCAGAUUCAAUAUGCUGACAUGCUGAAGAAGGUGGAACCGCUCCGUGAUGAAUUGAAUUCUUUAGAGAAGCAAGCCGAUACAAAUAAGAAACGAGGUGAUGAAGUCAAGAAUUUGAUCAGUCAAUUGGAGCAGAGUAUAGCCUCAUACAAAGAGGAAUACGCGCAACUUAUAGCACAAGCGCAAGCCAUAAAGAGCGACUUGGAAAAUGUACAAGGCAAAGUUGAUCGUUCAAUUGCCCUUAUUAAAUCUUUGGUCAUCGAAAGAGAACGCUGGGAAGCAACCAGUGAGACUUUCCGUUCUCAAAUGUCUACGAUCAUCGGUGAUGUACUUCUGACUGCUGCGUUCAUCGCAUAUGGAGGAUACUUCGAUCAACAUUACCGACAAAAUUUGUUCACUACUUGGAGUCAACAUCUAACCCAAGCUGGUUUGCAAUAUCGUGCUGACAUUGCUCGUACGGAAUAUCUUUCGAAUCCUGACGAAAGAUUGAGGUGGCAGGCAAAUGCUUUACCAUCCGAUGAUCUAUGCACAGAAAACGCGAUCAUGCUAAAACGUUUCAAUAGAUAUCCUUUGAUAAUUGAUCCUUCAGGACAAGCUACUGAAUUCAUUAUGAACGAAUUUAAAGACAAGAAGAUUACCAAGACCAGUUUCUUGGACGAUUCAUUCAGAAAGAAUUUGGAAUCUGCGUUGCGUUUCGGUAAUCCAUUGUUGGUGCAAGACGUAGAAAAUUACGAUCCUAUUUUGAACCCCGUCUUGAAUAGGGAAUUGCGACGAACCGGUGGUCGUGUUCUCAUAACAUUGGGAGAUCAAGACAUCGAUCUUUCGCCAUCGUUUGUCAUUUUUCUGUCUACUCGAGAUCCAACAGUUGAAUUCCCACCUGAUAUCUGCUCUCGAGUAACGUUUGUUAACUUUACGGUCACUAGAAGUUCAUUGCAGAGUCAAUGCUUGAAUAAAGUGCUCAAAGCAGAGCGACCUGAUAUUGAUGAGAAACGUUCCGAUCUACUUAAACUUCAAGGUGAAUUCCAUCUCCGUUUAAGACAACUGGAAAAGUCUCUAUUGCAAGCAUUGAACGAUGCCAAGGGUAAGAUUUUGGAUGAUGAUAGCGUGAUUACAACACUCGAAACACUGAAACAAGAAGCUGCUGAAAUUGGACAGAAAGUUGAAGAAACUGAUAAGGUUAUCUCAGAGAUCGAAACUGUAUCUCAGCAGUACCUGCCGUUAUCGCAGGCGUGCAGUAACACAUACUUUACAAUGGACAGUCUUAAUCAAGUGCAUUUCCUAUAUCAGUACUCGUUGAAGAUGUUCCUGGAUAUGUUUAGCACUGUUUUGUUGAGCAAUCCUAGGUUGGAUGGUUUGAGUGAGCAUCAAGCAAGAUUGAAGGUGAUCACUUCUGAUUUGUUUACUGUGGUCUAUGAGACAGUAGCUCGUGGAAUGCUGCACACAGACCGCCUCACAUUGGCCCUACUACUCUGUCGCAUUCAUUUGAAGGGCGUACCAUCUGAACCAAAUAUGGAUCAGGAAUUUGGAUUUUUCUUGCGUGGAAAAGAAGGUGUGUUCAAUACACAAAUAGAAAUGGAAAUUGAAGGAAUAACUGGUGAACAACAAGAGGCGUUGACAAGGUUGGCUUCAAAGAUUCCUGCUUUCAAAAAAUUACCAGAAAAAAUCAAGGAAAUGCCUGAGUUUGGAGCUUGGUUGCAGCAAGGAACGCCUGAACAGAAUGUUCCAAGGUUGUGGUUGGAAGAGAAACCAUUGAGUCCAAUCGGUACAGCUAUGUAUCAACUUUUGUUGAUUCAAGCCUUUAGACCUGAUAGAGUUAUUGCAGCAGCUCAUGUUCUUGUCGAUGCUGUUUUGGGUGAAGAUUUCAUGCCAAGUGCAGAGAAGGAAUUAGAUUUCUCAAGUGUCGUCGAAGGUGAAUUGAAGAGUAACGUGCCCGCACUUCUAUGUUCCGUUCCUGGUUUUGACGCGUCUAGCAGGGUUGAUGAUUUAGCGGUAGAAUUGAAUAAACAGAUUAGCAGUAUAGCCAUCGGUUCAGCGGAAGGUUUUAAUCAAGCUGAAAGGGCUAUUAAUAUGUCCUGUAAGACUGGUAGAUGGGUCAUAUUGAAGAACGUGCAUUUAGCACCGCAGUGGUUAGUUCAGUUGGAAAAGAAAUUGCAUUCUCUGCAACCACAUCCCAACUUCAGAUUAUUUUUGACUAUGGAAAUUAAUCCUAAAUUGCCAGUUAAUUUAUUGAGGGCCGGUAGGAUCUUCGUGUUCGAGCCGCCGCCAGGUAUCCGAGCAAAUCUGUUGCGUACUUUCAACACGGUGCCAGCUAGCAGGAUGAUGAAGGCUCCGAAUGAAAGAGCUCGUUUGUAUUUCUUGUUGGCUUGGUUCCACGCAAUUGUUCAAGAACGUUUGCGAUAUGCUCCAUUGGGAUGGGCCAAAUACUACGAGUUUAAUGAAUCCGAUUUGAGAGUCGCUUGCGAUACAUUAGAUACAUGGAUCGAGUCCACUGCGAUGGGCCGCACGAAUUUACCACCAGAGAAGGUGCCGUGGGAUGCUCUCGUAACAUUGCUAUCUCAGUCCAUUUAUGGUGGCAAAAUUGAUAACGUUUUCGAUCAACGUUUGCUACAUUCGUUCUUAACUAAACUCUUUACACCGAAGAGUUUCGAAUCCGAUUUUGCUCUAGUCGCUAAUAUCGAUGGAGGUCCUAAUGGGAACAGACAUAUAACAAUGCCCGAUGGAACUAGACGCGAUCACUUCUUGAAAUGGAUUGAAUCAUUGGUGGAUAGACAGACGCCUUCAUGGUUAGGAUUACCAAAUAAUGCUGAAAAAGUGCUGCUAACAACACGGGGCACCGAUUUGGUGAGCAAGUUGUUGAAGAUGCAACAACUGGAGGAUGACGAUGAGUUGGCGUAUUCGGACGACAGUUCACCAACAGAUCCAGGAGAGGUCGAUGGAAGACCAUCAUGGAUGAAAACAUUGAACAAUUCGGCUCUAGCUUGGCUCAAGCUGUUGCCAAAGAGUUUGCACAUUCUAAAGAGAACUUCCGACAAUAUCAAAGAUCCUCUCUAUAGAUACUUUGAGCGGGAAGUUAAUUGCGGCUCCAAAUUGUUAACUGAUGUAAUUCAUGAUUUGAACGACGUCGUUUUGAUUUGUAAUGGGGAGAAAAAGCAGACCAAUUACCAUCGCACUAUGCUCAGCGAAUUAGUACGAGGAAUGUUACCAGGAAAUUGGCGCCGUUAUACAGUACCUAGAGGAUGUACUGUUAUACAGUGGAUUACGGAUUUCAGUCAAAGGAUUAAGCAGCUGCAGCAAGUCGCUAAAGCAGUUUCAAAUGGAGCUAAAGAGUUGCAGAGAUUCCCAGUUUGGAUAGGAGGAUUAUUGAAUCCAGAUGCUUAUAUAACAGCAACUAGGCAGUGCGUAGCUCAAACGAACAGUUGGCCUCUUGAAGAAUUGCAACUUGACGUUACAAUUAUGGAUUCUAACGAUAUGAACAACAUACCGAUCGAUUCUUUUGCCGUUGUUGGAAUGAAGUUGCAAGGCGCACAAUGCAAGAACAAUCAACUUUUGUUAAGUUCGAGCAUCAUGUUAGAGUUGCCUAUUACUCUCUUACGUUGGGUUCGAGUUGUUGGUGAUGAUAAACUUCUGAAUGGUCGCUUAGCGCUUCCAGUUUAUUUGAAUUCUACCAGGACCGAAUUACUAUUUACCGUCGAUCUUAAUAUUGCUCCAGGCCAAGAUCAGCAUAGCUUCUACGAACGGGGUGUAGCUCUUUUAACUUCAACUUCAUUAAAUUAGUGUUUUUUUUUCUUCAAAUAUUGCGUUCAAGAAAGUAAUAGAAGUAAGAAAAAAUAAUUAAGAAUUUUAUUCAAAUGCUUGUACUAAA